UAUGAAAAGUUUAGACCAGCUAAUUCUAUAUGUUAGGCUUAUUCAUAAGGCUAGAAUUAUGUUGAAUUUUAUAGGACAAAACAGACUAAUGUAAAUACUAAUACAUUUAGAAACGUCGAUGAUAGCUAGUGAAGUGUCAAGAUGAUAAUAAAACUCUGAAAAAGUAAGAACGUUUGUUAGAGUAGGAGAGUCUGCACUGCAGUUCACUUUGAGUUUGAUCUUGAUUUUAACGCGACUUAAAAUCAAGCUAUACUCUUAACUUUAAGAUUUUGAGUAAAUCAACAUGGCUGCUAUGAGAGAAAGACGUGCCAAUGCUGGGAACCGUAUGUCUCGUAUCAUAAAUGAAGAAGAAAAAGAUGACUUCUACCACACUACCUACGGAGGUUUUGAAGAAGAAGAAGAUGAUGUAGACUAUCACUCUGAAAUUGAUGAAAGUGAUGAGGUGGAUUCUGAUUUUUCUAUUGAUGAAAAUGAUGAACUGGUGUCUGACCAGGAAGAUGAGGAGGAAGGCAAAAGAAAGAAAAAAACUACCACCAGGGCGUACAAGGAACCAAAGAAAACUGGUGACAAAGUAAAGAGAGAAAGUAAAUCCACUACGACAGAAAAAAUUUCCAGGGAUGAUCCAAAUAUAGUCAUAUUUUCAAGAAAUGACACAUCCAUUAUAACAGACAAUUGUUUUCUAGAAUCCUAUCAACGUUUGGAGUUGGAGAGGAAGAAGACGAAGUUCAUAAAACACACCUAUAAGGGUCCAGUUAUACGCUAUCAUUCUGUCUCCAUGCCUCUAAUUGAGGAACUUCCUACUGUUGUGACCACUGAAGCUAGUGAACAAGAGAAUUCCAACAGAGGAAACUUAUCUUCAUCUAGAUGUUCCAGAAACUUCAUCUCCUUCACGGAUGAAGGUAUUUUACGGGAAUAUUUUCCAUGCAAAAAACCAAAACCAGUUACACGUAAUGUGUGUCCAAUUACCCGUUUACCUGCUCGCUAUUUUGAUCCUGUCACCCACAUCCCAUAUGCCAAUUUACAAGCUUUCAAGUUUCUUAGGGAGGCAUAUUACCAACAGCUAGAGCAAAAAGGUGACUUACGACAACCAGAAGUAGCAGCCUGGGUAGAGUGGCGUAAGAAAAAUAAACCACCUCCGAAACAACCAUCUCAGACAUCACAACCGACAGCUAAGUCUGCAGUUGGAAUAGAAUGAAACAUUAUUUUGAUGUGAUAAGAUAGUGUGGUACGUACUUCUGACAUUGUAGAGUUUUUAAGAAGCCACUAUGGCUGAAGAUACUACUAUUAUGAUUGGAGUAAAGCAGAAGAGAAAAUGUACGCUAUCACAGACAAAAAUUAGUAAAACUACUGACAUAAAUAUUUUUUGGAUAUCUGUACUGUGGUAACAUGCAGAGUGACUUCUUUCUAUUGGAGACAAAACUCUUGAUUGUACAAGAAAGUUUCAAGAACUGAGGUAAACUAUUUUCUUAAACGUACUUCUACGCACUCUUUUGUCAUUUUCAUUAAUAAAGUGCAUAUAUUCGAUGUCAUUGUUUGGAUAUAAAGAAUACCAAAACUUAAUACAAA